AUGUCUGAUACGGAGAAAACAAACUUGACUCCCGCUCCUGCGGCGGAAAAGACUCUCGGCAUGCGCAAGAAUGGCAAGCAAUGGCAUGCCCCCAAAAAGGCCUUCCGACCUACCGCUGGACUGAAGUCAUACGAGAAGCGAACGCAAGAGCGAGCUCUCAUGGCGCAAGUCAAGGCCAAGGAGAAGGAGAUGAAGGACGAGAAGGAACAGGAGCGCCAGCGCAAGAUUGCAGCCAUUAAGGAGAAGCGAGCAAAGAAGGAGGAGGCUGAGCGAUACGAGAAGAUGGCCGAGAAGAUGCACAAGAAGCGAGUCGAGCGACUAAAGCGCAAGGAGAAGCGAAACAAGCUAAUCAACUCAUGA